AUGUCUUCCCCUGCGUCAGAUGAUCUCGUCGAGAGCGAGCUUCCAGUCAUCGAUCCGUACGAGACUCUUGGACUCGACCGCGAAGCUACGGCCGAUCAAGUCAAGUCUGCCUAUCGCAAGGCGGCGCUCAAGAACCAUCCCGACAAGGUUCCCGACGACCAAAGAGAUGAGGCAAAGGAGAAGUUCCAGUCCAUCGCUUUCGCAUACGCCAUCCUUUCAGAUCCUGCCCGGCGCAAGCGCUAUGAUACGACUGGGUCUACCUCCGAGUCCAUCAUCGACUCGGAGGGUUUCAACUGGUCCGACUACUACCGCGAACAAUUCCGCGAUGCGAUCUCUGCCGAUGCUAUUGAGAAAUUCGCCAAGAAAUACAAGGGUUCGGAUGAGGAGAAGGAUGAUGUCUUGAUUGCCUACGAGCAAGCAAAGGGAGACAUGGACAAGAUCUACGAGACGGUGAUGCUGAGCAAUGUCCUCGAGGACGACGAGCGGUUCCGCAAGAUCAUCGAUGAAGCUAUCGCAACCGAGGAUGUGACAGCGUACAAGAGGUACACCAAGGAGAGCAAGCUGUCCAAGGCAGCCCGCAUCAAGGCGGCCAAGGGCGAGGCCGAUGAAGCCGAGGAGUACGCCAAGGAGCUGGGUGUCCAUGACAAGCUCUUUGGCGACAAGAAGGGGAAGGGCAAGAAGAAGGGCAAGGACAGCGGUGAAGAUGACCUUGCGGCGCUCAUCAAGAGCAACCAGUCGAAGCGUGCUGGCUUCUUGGACGACCUGGCUGCCAAGUACGGCGCGACAAGCCAGCCCAAGAAGGGUAAGAAGAGGGCAGCUGUCGAGGAGGAGCCAUCAGAGGAGGCUUUUCAGGCCGCAGCCGCACGUCUGAAGAAGCCCAAGGCUGAUGAAAGUAAGCCUGCAAAGGGUGGCAGAAAGUCGAGGCGAUAG